UUUUUUAACUUCACAAUUUUAAUUUAAGAAAAUUGACUUAGAUUUCCUGUACAGUUUUAAAAAAAUCCUUUACUGAUUAUUUAAUUUAUCUCUGUCCUCUUGAUUUGUCUCCACCCCAGACUCGGAUGCAGAGCUUACAUCCUGAACCGGGAGCACGUUACAGAAAUGUGAUGGACGCCCUGCGGCAGAUCGUGCGGACCGAAGGUGUGUUGCGGCCGAUCAGAGGAGUGAAUGUUCUGGCGGUCGGUGCUGGACCUGCUCAUGCGCUCUACUUUGCCUGCUAUGAGAAGAUCAAGUUCUCACUCAGCGACGCCAUUCACCCUGGGACCAACAGCCACUUCGCUAACGGGGUGGCAGGCUGCAUGGCUACGGUGCUGCACGACGCAGCCAUGAACCCCGCUGAAGUUGUGAAACAGAGGAUGCAGAUGUACAACUCUCCCUACCGUGGUGUUUUGGACUGUGUGGGCUCGCUGUUGAGGCGCGAGGGCCCUGCUGCUUUUUACCGCAGCUACACCACCCAGCUGACCAUGAACGUGCCCUUCCAGGCGCUCCACUUCAUGACCUACGAGUACCUCCAGGAGCUCCUCAACCCCCACAGACAGUACAACCCCUCCUCCCACGUCGUAUCUGGGGCGCUGGCCGGAGCUCUGGCAGCCGCAGCCACGACACCCCUGGACGUGUGCAAGACCCUCCUCAACACGCAGGAGGCUCAGGCCAUCCACGUCAUCCAGGCGGAGGGCCACAUUUCUGGCCUGGGCGAGGCCUUCCGGACAGUGUACAGGACGGGCGGCGUGCCAGCUUUUUUCAAGGGCGUCCAAGCCCGCAUCAUCUACCAGAUGCCGUCUACAGCCAUCAGCUGGUCUGUGUACGAGUUCUUCAAAUACAUCAUCACCAAGAGGCAGCACGAGAGGCGGCUGCAUGGGAGCAGAGAGGGCGACAAAUAAAUCCCUGUCGUUAGAAAUGAGGUUUAAUCCUUUACUUACCGCGGUUAUUGAUUUUGGAAGCAACUGAAAAUAUAUUUUGAAGAUCACUCUGAAUGCCACAAAGUCAACUUUAGCCCAAGUUACUGAGAUACAGUUAAACGUAACGUUUAGUCCAGUGGAAGUAAGGCACCACGACCUCGUGUUUUGUUGGACAUGAGGUGUAUCCUUCAAGGCCUGACCACCAGAUGAUCCCAGAAAUAAUCCCCAGUUAUUGCUGACCAUUUCAGUAAAAAGUCUUAACAGAAAAAUUCAAAACACACAAAAAAACCUGACAACAUCACAGUGAUGCUGUUCUAACCCUCAGAUAUCAUUACACCUGAACAGUAUUAAAACCAUGUCACCUUCUGUCCACUGGGGGCACUCUAAUCACACUACAUAAAGCCCCGCCUCCUCUCGCUGUAACCUCACGAUGGUGUUUGUUGAAGUGAGUGGGUCUUCCAUUCAGCAACAAACGCUCUCACCUCAGCAGCAGAGAGCGCUGUGGUGCUCUGGCUCCUGAUUGGCUAGGGCGUAGUCAGAUGAUGGGAGGUGUUUCGGUAGUGUUGGGAGUGGGAGGUUAGGGCGAGUGUUAAGACCUGGAGAGAGACGGAGCCACGUCGAUGAGCGAACACUGUCAGCCACAGAUUUGGACUGAAGUGUCUCAUUGACAGAGGCUCUGACGGUGGAUGUCGGUGUGAAACCCGUCCCUCAUGGACCAUUAUUGUCUGGACAGUUAAACAUCCUGCACGCAGCGAAGUUGACAUGGAGAAGAAUAGUUCCUCAUCGAGCCUUUGUUUGUUUCUGACUGAUUUGAAAACUACUAAAUAUAUGGAUAUGUGUGUAUGUAUAAAUGAAUGGACAUGCACAUAUAUGUGUGUAUAUAUAUAAGUGUAUGUGAGUAAAUAUGAUUGAUUAUAUUCACUUACAUAUAUUUAUAUAUAUAUGGCUGUUUGUAUUUGUGUAUUAUACAUCCAGCCAAUCCCGUGCUACGGUAAAUAUUUUAAAAAGGAAGACUGAAGUCGGUGAGCAGCGAGGCUAAAACAUCGACGCGGUGCAAACAUUAACGCCCAGAAUGUGAAUGUACGGGUGGCAACCCCCAUUUUGAACCACUUCAACUGUUCUUACCGCCUCUGGUGAAGUAGAGAGUAGAACGUUUUCAGAACAGCAAAGACAAAAUCAGACAAACCACUGCCGUUCCCUGAUUCACAAACGUUCCACCGACGGUCAGUCGUCGUCCUGGUCAUGUGACUCUCACCGAUAUAUUUAUUCAUCUUCUCACGUACCAAUUCGGUGACUUUAUGGUCACACUCAGUCACAUGUCCAAGCUUCUGUUUUUCUUUUUUUUUUUGGUGUUAUAGCAUCACCCUUCCAACAGAUGGCGCCCUAUGUGAUUAACUAUUCACCAGGAGCUGUCGUCAUGCCGUUUCUGGUCAAAAUGACUGAUCAGAGAAUUUAAAUUAUUUUUGCAAAAAAUAUAUAUAUAUACAAACAAACUAUAUUAAAGCAUUAGUUCUGCCGAGAUUACUUUUCAAAAAAGUUUUUGGCUUUAAGCUAACGUUACAUCAAACUGUAUGUGUUCAUAAUGUUAGGAGUUAUUCAUAGUGCGAUAAUCUGGUUCUUUUUAAUCAGAUUUUUUUUUUUUCCACUGUAAGUCGAAUAACAUCCCAGCACUUAUGACAUCAUCAGUUAUCGGACGACGUGAAGAAUCGACCUGUAAACACGCCUUCUUCCAGCCGCCAUGAAUACGACGCACAACGAGUGAAGAAGACACUGGGUUUAUAGAGAUGAUGCAUAGUUUAAAAGCCAUAAAGCAGGAACCUAAUGUCAUUAUGAUAUAAAUAUGGCUCAGUGUGAACAACUCCCCCCCCCCUCACAAAAUACUAACCAGCUUUGCAUCGAGUGUGUUUGAAGCAGGUUUAUAUCAAAGAACGCACGCUACUGGCAGAGAGGAAAAGCUGAAAUAUUUUAACAAUAUGCAGAAUGUGUGUGUGUGUGUGUGUGUGAGGCAGAGGGAUCGGCUGACAUGAGUAGGAAGAGUUCCUCCUGUAGAGCUUACUGUGAAUGUCGGAGAACCAAAGACGGGAGAGGAAACUGGUUGUGGGUUAAAAAAUAAAAUGAAUGAAGUUUUGAGGUGAAAAUGUUGAACACUGUGUGACAGCGACACCUGCGUUUUUGUGAAUUGUAAAUAAAGUCGCUAAGGCAGCUCCUCGCAGAAGCAGGGUCUUCUCUUGGUGCUCGCUGUGCAAGCUCUGAGAGAAAAGAAA